CGCGUCUGAGGCCUGUGUCCUCCAAUCCCUCGCUCUGACACGUGGGGACGGAGAAUCAAGACCUACCUAUUCCCGCCCCAGUCGUUGCAGCUGGGGAAGGAAUUCCGAGGCACACGCAGAAAAAGCCCCCGGAACCUCAGAAUGCGGUGAGAAAUUCCGGGAUCCUUUACGAGCCGGGAGCUUGGUGGGCGUCUCCUGGAGACGGGCGAACGCUUGUCUCAGCAGCCAUGCCCAAAGACCCGGAGGACGUCGUCCGCCCCUUGGGGGCAGGGGAGCCGAGCAUGGCGCGGGCGUUGGUCUGCAGCGUGGGGGGCUUCAGCCUGGGCUUGUCCUUGGCCACCGCCUACGGGCUCCUGGAGCUCCUGGGAGAAGGGCACAGCCCCUGGGGCUGCCUGGUGGGCACCCUGACCCUGGCCGCCUUCCUCGGCCUGGGCAUGGGGUUCUCCCGCCAGGCCCGAGUCACGGUCCUCCUGCUGCUGCCCCAGGCCUUCUCCAAGCAGGGCCGGACACUGCUGUUGGUGGCUGCCUUUGGGCUGGUGCUGCAAGGGCCUUGCGCCAACACCCUGAGAAACUUCACCCGGGCCAGCGAGGCUGUGGCCUGCGGGGCGGAGCUGGCCCUGAACCAGACCGCCGAGAUGCUGGAACGGGCUAAGCAGCCCCUUGUCAGUGCCCUGGACAAGAUUAAAGCCAUUGCCCGGAAGGCCAAAGAGGUGGCCGACCGGCUGCGCAAGUUCUUCCGCUCCAUCAUGGACGGCGUGAAGCACAUAGCCAGGGCCCUGCGCAGCGUGUGGCACUGGCUCCUGCACAUCGGAGACGUGUGCAACGCGGAGCUCGGCAACCCCUACUUGAAGUGCGCGCGGGUCUUCGAUGACGCCAAGGACAGCUGCAUGACGGUCAUACCGCACGCCUACCACCUGUGCUACGUGCUCAUGCCCUUCAAGCUGGUGCUCUGUGGACUUGCCAGUGUGGUCCAGGUGUUCUGCGUCAUCCCCAAGUACAUCCAGCCAUUCCUGCACAAGACCAUAGGCACCCCCGUGAAGAAGCUGAUUAAUCGGGUGCGGCGGGAGUUUGAGUUCAACAUGACGACCACCCACCACUUCUCUGUGGAUCUCAACGCAUCCCGGAGCCUGUCCCAGGUGGCCCUGGACCUGCAGGAGGCUGUCAGCAUGAAGCUGCACCGGAUCCGAGAGGCCCUGGCUCUGAUGGGCUUCACCACGCCUCUGCUGCUUAUGCUCCUUUACCUGCAGGCCCUGUUUUACCGCUACUGUUACCUGAACUGGGACACUUACGACAACAUCUACAUCACCCGCCGAUUCCUGCGCAUGGAGGCCGUCCGCUCCACGGCGGGCCUGCCCACGGUGCUGCCGCUCAGCGCCCACGAGGCCGGCCACUACAUCCAGCCCGGUUCCAUCUUCCUGUCCCAGUGGGAGCAGAUCUCCUACAUCCUGGAAGCCUUCGACCUCAUCCGGCACCUCCUGCUCGCGCUGCUGCUGGUCUUCCUGGACUACGCCGUGUUCUGGGUGCUCGACUUGGCCCGGCACCAGCUGCAGGGGGAGCUCGUGGCCCGCAGCCCUGUGCUGGUCUCCAUAACCGUGGAAGGCAAUGGCUACUCUGGGAGGAUCUACCGCGACCUGGUGUCGGCCUUCGACGUCCUGCAGCACGGCAACAUCACGGUCCUGUCCAGGCGCUGUCUCCUGAGUCCCUCGGAGCCUGACAGCACCGGUUACGUGGCCAUCGGCGUCAUGUACGGCCUCUGCUUCGUUGUCACCCUGUUCGGCUGCUACGUCAGCCGGCUGCGGCGUGUCAUCUGUGCUUCCUACUACCCAUCCCGGGAGCAGGAGAGGAUCUCCUACCUCUACAAUGUGCUUCUGAGCCGCCGAACCAACCUGCUGGCUGCUCUGCACCGGACGGUGAGGCGGAGGGCUGCUGACCAGGGCCACGCGAGUGUCCUCCAAGUGCUGGCCAGGCGGUGUGUCUGCCUGGCUCCGUUUCUCAGCCGCAUUGGGCAGCGCCCGUCCUACUGCCUGGGCUGCGGGCAGCCCCAAGACGAGGGGGACACGGAGAACUUCGUGUCCUGCAGCACCCCCGGCUGCCGAGGUCUCUUCUGCUGCACCUGCUACGGCCUCCUGGCCAACACCUGCUCUGUGUGUGCAUCUCCUCUCUCCUACCAGGGCGGCCUGGACCUGGAGCUGUGAGUCCAGGGCUGGGGCGGCUGGAGUCCGUGGGGGCGGUGGGAGCAGCCACCCCUCCCCCGGGACCUGCGUGAGCCACUGAGAUGGGAGGCUUCUCCAGGGACUCCAGUGACGAGGAGGGCCCCCGGCUGUGGCUAGCUGCAGCGCGAAGGGAGGGCCCCGCCCAGGAGGGCGUCCUGCGGCGGCAGCUGGAGGACGCGCUGGGGACCCUCUCGCCCUCCGGGUCCGAGUCCGGCCCUGAGCUCAGGUGAGCAGAGAGCAGCUGGGGCUUGGAGGCCUCGGCCUGUCCU